CUUUAAAUAUAAUAUCUGAGGAGCAUAUCAAAUCCAUUAUUUCAUUGUUGGAUAAACAUGGGCGCAAUUACAAGGUUCUUGAUGUGCUUUGCUCUCUCUGUGUUUGUAAUGGAGUUGCAGUUCGCGCCAAUCAAAAUUUGAUCUGUGACAAUUUGCUGCCUAGAAGAGACUUACUUUUGCAGACACGUUUGAUUAAUGAUGUGACAAGCAUAAGGCCAAACAUAUUUUUGGGUGUUGCUGAGGGCUCUGCACAAUACAAGAAGUGGUACUUUGAGUUAAUAAUUGAUCAGGUUGAUCCAUUCUUGACGGCAGAACCCACUCAUUUACGAGUUGGAUGGGCCUCUACUUCAGGUUAUGCCCCCUAUCCUGGAGGUGGAGAAGGAUGGGGAGGCAAUGGUGUUGGGGAUGACCUGUACUCCUAUGGUUUUGAUGGCCUUCAUCUGUGGUCUGGUCGAGUACCCCGAGCUGUAGCAUCUGUCAAUCAGCAUUUAUUAGCAUCUGAUGAUGUGGUUAGCUGCUGCUUGGAUUUAGGUGUACCCAGCAUUUCAUUCCGCAUUAAUGGACAGCCUGUUCAGGGAAUGUUUGAGAACUUCAGUACAGAAGGGUUUUUCUUCCCUGUUGUAAGCUUAUCAGCAGGGGUAAAAGUUCGUUUCUUGUUGGGUGGACGUCAUGGAGAGUUUAAAUUUCUGCCUCCUGCUGGCUAUGCUCCCUGUUAUGAAGCAUUGCUUCCAAAAGAGAAGAUGAAACUGGAACCAGUGAAAGAAUAUAAAAGAGAUUUUGAAGGAGUAAGGGAUUUGCUGGGUACAACACAAUUCCUCUCUCAAGCUUCCUUUAUCCCUUGUCCUAUAGACACCAGUCAGAUUGCUCUUCCUUUUCAUCUUGAAAAGAUCAGGGACAAACUAGCUGAAAAUAUCCAUGAACUGUGGGGGAUGAAUAAAAUAGAACUGGGAUGGACAUAUGGCAAGAUACGGGAUGAUAAUAAAAGGCAUCAUCCUUGUCUUGUGGAAUUCUCAAAAUUACCUGAGACGGAGAAGAAUUAUAACCUACAAAUGUCAACUGAAACCCUCAAAACCCUUUUGGCCCUUGGAUGUCACAUUGUUCAUGCUCAUCCAGCAGCUGAGGAAGAUCUUAAAAAAGUCAAACUUCCAAAAAAUUAUAUGAUGUCAAAUGGAUAUAAACCUGCCCCUCUCGAUCUUUCUGAAGUGAAACUGUUGCCUUCUCAAGAAUUUCUAGUUGACAAACUAGCAGAAAAUGCACAUAACGUUUGGGCAAAAGACAGAAUAAAGCAAGGAUGGACCUAUGGCCUUCAGCAGGAUCUUAAGAGCAAACGUAAUCCUCGGCUAGUGCCAUAUGCAUUAUUAGAUGAACGUACUAAAAAAUCAAACAGAGAUAGUCUCCGUGAAGCUAUUAGAACAUUUGCAGGCUAUGGUUAUAAUAUUGAGCCACCUGACCAAGAGAUAGCUGACCAAACAGUGGAAAAAGUCAGCAUUGACAAGAUACGUUUUUUCAGAGUAGAACAGUCUUAUGCUGUGAAGUCUGGAAAGUGGUACUUUGAAUUUGAUGCUGUGACAGGUGGAGAUAUGCGUGUUGGCUGGGCCAGGCCAGGCUGUCGACCUGACAUAGAGCUGGGAGCUGAUGACCAAGCAUUUGUAUUUGAAGGAAGCAAAGGCCAACGUUGGCAUCAAGGCAGUGGAUUCUUUGGAAGAAGCUGGCAACCAGGAGAUGUGGUUGGUUGUAUGAUAAACUUGGAUGACAAAUCAAUGAUCUUUACUCUGAAUGGAGAGUUGCUUAUAACCAGUAAAGGUUCAGAACUUGCAUUUGCUGACUUUGGAAUAGAAAAUGGUUUUGUUCCAAUUUGUGCACUGGGGCUAUCUCAAAUUGGUCGUAUGAACCUUGGAAUGGACGCCAGUACAUUCAAGUACUAUACAAUGUGUGGCCUUCAAGAAGGUUUUGAACCUUUUGCUGUCAACAUGAACCGAGAUGUUGCUAUGUGGUUUAGUAAACGUUUACCAACAUUUGUCAAUGUGCCAAAAAAUCAUCCUCACAUCAAGAUAUGGAGAAUUGAUGGAACCAUUGAGAGUCCACCUCGGUUAAAGGUUACUCACAAAACAUUUGGCACACAGAGCAGCAAUUCAGACAUGAUAUAUUGCCGUUUGAGUAUGCCCAUUGAAUUCCACUCAUCAUUCAAUUUCGGCAUGGGUGUUGAAAACACCUCAUCUGAUGUUUUCCAAAAACGAAAACACAGCCAAGAAAUUGCAGUUCCUUCUACUACAUAUUUUUACUCACUACGGAUAUUUGCUGGCCAAGACCCAUCUUCUGUCUGGGUUGGCUGGGUCACUCCAGACUAUCAUUUUUACAGUGAGAAUUUUGACCUAAAUAAAAAUUGUACAGUGACAGUAACUUUAGGUGAUGAGAGAGGCAGGGUUCAUGAAAGUGUGAAGCGCAGCAACUGCUAUAUGGUUUGGGGAGGAGAUGUAAUUGCUAAUUCCCAGAGAUCAGGUCGCAGUAAUGUUGAUAUAGAAAUUGGAUGCUUUGUUGACCUGGCUACUGGAAUGGUGUCAUUCACAGCCAAUGGAAAAGAGCUUGGCACUUGUUACCAGGUUGAACCAAACACAAAGCUUUUUCCAGCAACGUUUUUACAACCUACGAGCACUAACCUGGUUCAAUUUGAACUUGGUAAAUUAAAGAAUACCAUGCCUUUAUCAGCAGCUAUUUUUAAAAGUGAAGAAAGAAAUCCUGUUCCUCAGUGUCCUCCUCGCCUUGAUGUGCAAACAAUUACACCUGUUUUAUGGAGCAGGAUGCCAAACAGCUUUCUAAAAGUAGAAACUGAGCGUGUCAGUGAACGUCAUGGCUGGGUUGUGCAGUGUUUGGAACCUCUGCAGAUGAUGGCACUUCAUAUCCCAGAAGAAAACAGAUGCGUUGAUAUUUUAGAACUAUGUGAACAAGAAGAUUUGAUGAAGUUUCACUACCACACUUUAAAACUCUACAGCUCAGUUAGUGCUCUUGGCAACACUAGAGUUGCUUAUGCACUUUGUAGCCAUGUGGACAUAUCUCAGCUCUUUUUUACAAUAGAUAACCAAUACUUACCUGGACUUCUACGUUCUGGAUUCUACGACUUGCUCAUUAGUAUUCAUUUGGAGCAUGCCAAGCAAGCCAAGCUCAUGAUGAGCAAUGAAUUUAUCAUUCCAGUUACAGACGAAACUCGAACUAUAAAAUUAUAUCCCAAUGAAACAAAGAAGCAUGGUUUACCUGGAGUAGGGCUUAGCACUUGUCUGAAACCAACCUUUAAUUUUUCUACUCCAUGCUUCAUUGUGACCAGUGAAGAACAUCAGACAUCCAGCCCAGAGAUACCCCUUGAUACACUUAAAUCCAAGGCCAUCAGCAUGUUAACAGAGGCAGUACAGUGUAGUGGUACUCAUAUACGAGACCCUGUUGGAGGACAGGUUGCAUUCCAGUUUGUUCCUGUUCUUAAACUGAUAGCAACAUUGCUCAUUAUGGGUGUUUUUGGUGAUGAUGAUGUAAAACAGGUGUUACUCCUCAUUGAUCCUACCGUGUUUGGAGAUCACAAGGAAGAUACAGAAGAGAGGACAGAGAAGGAAGAAGUUACACAAGUUGAAGAAAAAGCUGUAGAAGCUGGGGAGAAAGCAGCAAAACAAACAAAAGCUCCUGCAAAGGGCUUGUUGCAAACAAGAUUGCCAGAAUCUGUUAAGCUUCAGAUGUGUCAUUUACUCAAUUAUUUUUGUGACUGUGAACUACAACAUAGAGUGGAAGCAAUUGUAUCAUUUGCAGACCGUUAUGUAUCAAAAUUGCAGUAUAACCAGAAAUACAGGUACAAUGAACUCAUGCAAGCAUUGAACAUGUCUGCUGCCUUGACUGCCAAGAAGACUAAAGAAUUUCGGUCUCCUCCUCAAGAACAGAUUAAUAUGUUACUGAAUUUUCAACUGGGAGAGGAUUGUCCCUGUCCAGAUGAGAUUCGGGAUGAGUUAUAUGAAUUUCAUGAUGAUCUUCUAAUUCACUGUGGUAUUCCACUAGAAGAAGAGGAAGAGGAAGAGGAAGAUUCUUCCUUGACUGGCAAACUCCGUUCAUUAAUGUACAAAAUCAAAGGUCCACCAAAAGCAGAAAAAGUGGAGCCUAAGGAGGAAGAAGAGAAAUCUCCUACUACACUGAAAGAGCUCAUAUCCCAGACUAUGGUGCGCUGGUCCCAGGAAGAUCAGAUUCAAGAUCCUGAAUUAGUUCGGAUUAUGUACAGUCUCCUUCGUAGGCAAUAUGACAGCAUCGGUGAGCUACUGCAAGCUCUGAGGAAGGCAUACACUAUUAGUGCUGCCUCUGUGAAGGAUACCAUUAAUCUCCUUGCAGCACUGGGCCAGAUUCGCUCACUUCUCAGUGUGAGGAUGGGAAAAGAGGAGGAAUUGCUAAUGAUUAAUGGAUUAGGGGAUAUAAUGAACAACAAGGUGUUUUAUCAGCAUCCUAACUUAAUGAGAGUCUUGGGCAUGCAUGAGACUGUUAUGGAUGUGAUGGUUAAUGUGCUUGGAGGAGAUAAAUCUCAGAUCGCUUUUCCUAAGAUGGUGGCAAGCUGUUGUCGAUUCCUGUGCUACUUCUGUCGAAUCAGUCGUCAAAACCAAAAGGCCAUGUUUGAGCAUCUUAGUUACUUACUGGAAAACAGCAGUGUUGGACUGGCAUUUCCGUCAAUGAGAGGUUCGACUCCUCUAGAUGUUGCAGCAGCCUCUGUAAUGGACAACAAUGAGCUUGCACUCGCAUUGGAGGAGCCGGAUCUCGAUAAGGUUGUUACCUACCUGGCAGGUUGUGGGCUCCAGAGUUGUCCAGUAUUGCUGGCUAAAGGAUAUCCGGACAUUGGAUGGAACCCAAUAGAGGGUGAACGUUAUCUGUCAUUCUUGCGAUUUGCAGUUUUUGUUAACAGUGAAAGUGUUGAGGAAAAUGCAAAUGUUGUUGUCAAGCUCCUUAUUCGACGGCCAGAGUGCUUUGGACCAGACCUUAGGGGAGAAGGUGGUAAUGGUUUGCUGGCAGCUAUGCAGGAAGCUAUCAGGAUCUCAGAGAAUCCUACCCGUGACCUUCCUUCCCAGGCAUAUAAAAGGGAAGGUGAUGAUGAGGAGGAAGAGGAGGAGACUGUGCACAUGGGAAAUGCAAUCAUGUCAUUUUAUUCAGCUCUCAUAGAUUUACUUGGACGCUGUGCACCAGAAACGCAUCUUAUUCAAAGUGGAAAAGGAGAAGCUAUUCGAAUCAGGUCAAUCCUUCGAUCUCUAGUGCCAACGGAAGAUUUGGUUGGGAUCAUAAGUAUACCACUAAAGCUGUCAACUGUUAACAAAGAUGGCACAGUAAAUGAGCCAGACAUGUCUGCAAGUUUCUGUCCUGAUCAUAAAGCACCCAUGGUACUCUUCUUGGACCGUGUCUAUGGUAUUAAGGACCAAAGCUUCCUCCUUCACUUACUGGAAGUUGGAUUUUUGCCAGAUUUAAGAGCCUCUGCCUCUUUGGAUACAGUUUCUCUAAGUACCACAGAGGCAGCUCUCGCACUAAAUAGAUACAUUUGCUCAGCUGUGUUUCCAUUACUCAAAAGAUGUGCUCCCCUCUUUUCUGGAACAGAGCAUCAUGCCACUCUGGUUGACUCCAUGCUUCACACAAUAUAUAGGUUAUCCAAGGGACGGUCCCUUACAAAAGCACAAAGAGACACUAUUGAAGAAUGCCUGCUUGCUAUUUGCCACCACUUAUGUCCCUCUAUGCUACAACAGCUGUUGAGAAGGCUAGUUUUUGAUGUGCCCCUGCUCAAUGAAUACUGUAAAAUGCCUCUCAAGCUUCUGACAAAUCACUAUGAACAGUGCUGGAAAUAUUAUUGUCUGCCUUCAGGAAUGGGAAGCUAUGGAAUUGCAGCAGCAGAAGAAUUACAUUUAACUGAGAAACUUUUCUGGGGAAUAUUUGAUUCCUUGUCUCAUAAGAAGUAUGAUCCAGAGCUCUUUCGAAUGGCCUUGCCUUGCCUCAGUGCUAUAGCUGGUGCCUUGCCCCCUGAUUAUUUAGAUACACGAAUUAUGUCAACUUUGGAAAAGCAGACAUCAGUGGAUCCAGAAGGAAAUUUUGAUCCCAGACCGGUCAGCACAGUGAACCUUGUACUUCCUGAAAAGUUGGAAUAUAUUGUAAGCAAGUAUGCUGAACAUUCCCAUGAUAAAUGGGCUUUUGACAAG